CAUACAAAAGUUCAUAGUACAUGCGAAAAACAUCUAGGUCAUCUCUAGACGCCUGCACACUGCUGAAGAACGAUCAACAUAAAUUUGCCUUUCCAUGCUUUAUACCUGAUACAGGCACCCGUGCUGCUCGCCUAUAUUAGCAACCUAGGAAGUUGACCAUCCUUACACGACCUCACUUGACGAUCAAGGCUGCGCAGACGAGGAUAUUGAUACAUGGAAUAUGCCGUCAAUGGUUCUUUCGCGUAGUGAACCAUCACAUGUGCUGAAUUCAAUCAUCAUCUCUCCAUCGGACACGGAUUAUAUCGAUCAAUUGAUCCCAUCAAUCAGGGAGUAUAGCGUCGGCAAUCGAACGUCUCAAUUAUUGCAGUCCCUGUCCAAGUUCGCCAGCGAUAAAGAAGCCGAGAUAGAAACGAUAUGCAACACAAACCAUCAGGAAUUUGUAUCUUCAAUCAAUCACCUUCUGCGUAUCAGAGAAGGAACAGUGAGCUUGACCGCGGAGAUCCUAGACCUGAACCAAUCUAUCCAAGCUAGCACCGAACGUCUCGCCGAACAAAAGAAGGCUCUAGUAGAGUCGCGCAGUCACCGACAGAAUAUUGAUGAGACGUCUCGCGCCAUCCAGGACUGCUUGGAGGUGCUACGCUUGGCUAAUCAAGUUCAUGAUCUACUAGCCAAGAAAAACCACUAUGCGGCUUUACGGGCGCUCGAGGAACUCCAAAAUGUGCACCUCAAGGACGUGACCCAAUAUAAAAUCGCCGACAUGAUUCAGCGCUCAGUACCAGCGACCCAGCGAGCGAUAGCGGAGGCCGUGCUAUCUGACCUGAAUACUUGGCUUUACAGAAUCCGCGAGAUGUCUCAGUUUCUCGGAGAAAUAGCUCUUUACCAUACAGAAUGCCGGAAGACAAGACAAAAGGAGAGGGCGGAGAAACUACCAUACCUCAGACAUUUCAAAUUGAACUCUGCUAUUGAGCUGGUUUCGGAUGAGCACGAAGAAUAUGAUUUACUACAGAAUGAGGAACUGCAAGUUGACUUCACCCCCCUGUUUGAGUGUUUACACAUCCAUCAAUCACUGGGGCAGAUGGACAAGUUUCGGACGGAAUACGCUAAUACCCGUCGCCGACAAAAAGAGCUUCUAAUUCCCUCUUCAAUAACUUUGGUUGACGAGGACGGGGCUUGCCUACACAACCUUCUAGAAGAAAUGGCAGGCUUUGCCAUCGUAGAGCGUGCUACCAUGAAGAGAGUGCCAGACUUGAGGUCAUCUGUCGACGUUGAUGAGCUCUGGGACUCAAUGUGCCAGACUGCUGUGGGCCUCAUUUCAAAAGCGCUUCCUGAAGUUGAUAAUGCUGAGAGUUUGCUCAAAAUCAAAAAUCUCGUUGCAUUAUUUAUGCAAACAAUGAAUACAUGGGAGUUCUCUGUUGGAAAAUUUGACGAAUUGCUCUUGACUUUGUUCAAGAGAUACGCCGAACUUCUCAAGAAAAGAUUCAGUGACGACUUCCAGGAGAUCGUAUCGACGGACGAUUAUAUGCCUAUGCCGAUACAAUCGCUGGAUGAGUAUGACAAGGUCCUCAAUGUCAGCUGGUACAAUCCUGAGAAGCCAAGGGAGGAGCAAGUGUACAUCUGCAGUCUCGAUUGUGAGAAUUUCGUUCUCUUCACUAACUUCAAUAGGUUUCCAUGUGUUCUGCCUUUUUCUCAGAUGUAUCCCUUGUGUUGCAUCGACAUCCGCAACUUUUUAAACCAGUUUUAUUUCUUCGCCAAUGAAGAUUUCUCGCAUCCUCAUAUGAUUGAUGAUACUCUCAAAGAUGCUUUGGAUGAGCUUCUUUCAAACCAAGUUUGCGAUACGCUUGUUGAGCGUCUUUCUUCGCAAUAUCUGGGCCAGAUUGUUCAGAUCUUAAUCAAUCUGGAGCAUUUUGAAUCAGCGUGCCGUGAGCUCGAGGAGCUUCUCGCCGCUGCUCGAUCGCAAGGUGCUGCGGGCGGUCCGAUAUCCUUAAGAGCGACGGAGAAAUUCAGAAGCAACAAAAAAUCAGCAGAAAAGAGAAUUUUUGAGGUCGUCAAUUCCAAAAUUGAUGAUCUCAUUGAAACUGCAGAGUAUGACUGGAUGGCACUCACGCCUCCGACUGAGCCCAGCAACUACAUGCAAACGCUGACCCGAUUUUUGUCCAAUAUAAUGAACUCAACAUUGCUUGGUCUCCCAACAGAAAUCAAGGAACUCAUAUACUUCGAUGCUCUCAGCCAUGCGGCGAACAUGAUCUUGGCACAGCCGCUCUCCCCAGACGUAAAAAGCAUCAAUCCCAAUGGAGUGAUGGCCCUUGCGAAAGAUGUUGAAUAUCUCUUUCAGUUUGUUGACAGCUUGGGUGUUCCCAUUCUCCGGGAGAACCUCGACGAAUUGCAACAGACUGUGCAUCUAAUGCAGGCGGAUAAUACGGACGAGUUUUACGAUAUUUCUACAAGAAAUAAGAAGUAUGGCCGCGUGGAUGCUAUCAAUGGCCCUAUCCUCUUAGAAAAACUCACUCGCACUGUUCAAAGUUCGGGAAAGAUUGAUAAGUUCGCAACACUUUCCUCAAGGUUCGGCAAAAAGUCUUGAAACGUUCAAAAUUGGAUAUUUCGAGAUUUCUCUCACUGACUGACCGAGCCAUCUCCCCAACCAACCUCUUACUUCUAGCUUAAAUAGAAUUAGGGCCCGGAGUCGAUGUUAAGCAUACUGCGAACCACUCUGUCUGAUUCCAUUUGGAAACUCCAUGGUAGUGAUAGGCACAAAAUCCAUCAUAAUACUAGCGACAAAAAAAGAUAAGCACGGCGCCGUGACAAUGAACUUCCAAUAUGCUCGUUAACCUGUCCAUGAAGACUUAAACCUCUGCAAAUAAUCACUUUCAAAAUGACCAGUGUUAGCUGAAUCACGUACCGAAAUGCCGCAUAGCGGACUUCAAAUACAAUAAGUAGAGGCUUGGCAUACCUGCUGUGGCGGAAGAUGUGGGUAAGGAUUGUACAUUCCUUCAAAGAUUUGGGAUUGCGGCUGUCCAUACGCGGCCGUUGGAUCCGACUGAACGGCUCCCCC